UUCAGCCUGCAGCGCUGUGUGCUGCACAUUUGCGCCUUCUUCACUUUCUCUACACCCUGACAUCUUUCACUAGCGAAGAAAGGCUUUGUUUUUGGUCACGGUUGUUGGAUUAAACCUCUUCACCAUCAUCUUUAUCAUCAUCUACUGCAGCGGGAGCGCGCGCGCAGAAUGAGGCGGCUGCUCGCGUACGCGGCGGGACUCUCAGCACUCGUGUCGCUGUGUAUGUCUGCGCAGACGCUGGAUGCCGGUGUAGAGAGUGCAGCGCAGAUGACUGACGCGAGCGCAGACAGAACUGCAGAGCUGCCGAGAGCGAACAGAUCUAAGCGGCGGGGCGGCGGACAGGAGGUGUUGAAGGGACCGAAUGUUUGCGGCUCACGUCAUCAUGCGUACUGUUGUCCUGGAUGGAAGACACUGACCGGGGGAAACCAGUGCAUUGUCCCAAUUUGUCGUAGCUCCUGUGGGGAUGGAUUCUGCUCCAGACCCAAUAUGUGCACCUGUCCGACCGGUCAGAUUGCAGCCACUUGCGGAUCCAAAUCAGUUCAGAACUGUAACAUCCGCUGUGUAAAUGGAGGCACGUGUUUGGAGGAUAAGUGUUUGUGUCAGAAAGGAUACAAUGGAGCUCACUGCGGCCAGCCGGUGUGUGAGGCAGGCUGUCUGAACGGAGGUCGAUGUGUCGCCCCAAAUCGUUGUCUGUGUAAUUACGGCUUCACUGGGGCUCAGUGUGAAAGAGAUUACAGAACAGGGCCGUGUUUUGCAUCUGUUAAUAAUCAAAUGUGUCAAGGCCAACUGACUGGGAUUGUGUGCACGAAGACUUUGUGUUGUGCUACGGUGGGUCGGGCCUGGGGUCACCCGUGUGAACAGUGUCCUGCUCAACCACACCCCUGCCGCAGGGGGUUCAUCCCUAAUCAUCGCUCCGGAGCAUGCCAGGAUGUGGAUGAGUGCCAGGCCAUUCCUGGACUCUGUCAGGGGGGAAACUGUCUUAAUACUGUCGGCUCAUUUGAGUGCAGAUGCCCCGCUGGACAUCGCUUCAGUGAACUCACACAGAAAUGUGACGACAUUGACGAGUGCUCUCAUACUACUGGACUGUGUAAUGGAGGUCAAUGUUCCAACACCAUCGGCAGUUACUUCUGCAAGUGUCCCGUGGGAUUCGACACAUCGGUUGAUGGCUCGCGCUGCAUUGAUGCCCGGACUGGGAUCUGCUAUGCCAGUAUCGUCGGUGGGCACUGUGCCAACCUGCUUCCCCAACGUAUGUCCAAGAGUCAGUGUUGUUGUGAGAACAGAGGAUGCUGGUCUGGAUCGACUGUACCAGAGAUGUGUCCCAUCCGAGGAACAGAGGAAUAUCAGUCACUCUGUCUGAUUGUUCAACCGUUACCUGGUCCAGACCAACCUGGCCCAGGCCCCGGUCCAUAUCCAGGUCCAUAUCCAGGUCCCGGUCCAUAUCCGGGUCCGGGUCCAUAUCCAGGUCCUGGUCCGUAUCCAGGUCCGGGUCCGUAUCCAGGCCCCGGUCCAUUUCCAGGCCCCGGUCCAUAUCCAGGUCCCGGUCCAUAUCUUCCAGUGCCGCCCACUGUGGACCAGUCCACAGUCACCUAUAGGCCUGUUAUCCUGCCUCAGAACGUCACUAUCAGGAAUAUGUGUGAGGCAUUUCGUAAUCUGUGCAUCAACGGACGCUGCGUGCCGACGCCAGGAAGCUACCGCUGUCAGUGUAACGUGGGUUUCAGACUGGACGCCCGCGGUGAAUGCAUCGAUGAUAUCGAGUGUGAUCGGAAUCCCUGUGUGAACGGAGUGUGUAUCAACACUGAUGGCUCGUAUUACUGCCAGUGUCCUGCUGGAUUUCAGAGCACAGCCACCAGAACAGAGUGCAAAGAUCUGGAUGAGUGUGUGGCCAACGGUCGUAUCUGUAACCAUGGACGGUGUGUGAACACAGAGGGCAGCUUUCAUUGCGUGUGUAAUGCCGGCUUUGAGAUCUCAUCUGAUGGCAGGAACUGUCAAGACACAGAUGAGUGUUUGAUUAGAAACAUCUGUUUGAAUGGGAUGUGUAUUAAUGAAGACGGCAGCUUUAAAUGCAUCUGCAAACCUGGAUACUUGUUAGAUGGUACCGGACGAUUCUGUAAAGAUGUGGAUGAGUGUGAGGUUCCAGGCAUGUGUAUGAACGGACACUGUGUGAACACUGAGGGCUCAUUCAAGUGUGAGUGUAUGCCAGGACUCGCCGUAGGAUUGGACGGACGUGUCUGUGUAGACACACACAUGCGCAGCACGUGUUAUGGUGGUUAUAAGCGUGGUCAGUGUGUGCGACCCUUCUUUGGUGCUGUGACCAAAUCUGAAUGCUGUUGUGCGUGCGUGGACUAUGCCUUCGGAGAGCCUUGUCAACCCUGUCCCCCCCUAAACUCAGAGGAGUUCUCGGCUCUUUGCAGUAAUGGUCUAGGAACUACAACUAAUGGCAGAGAUAUAAAUGAGUGUGCUCUGGAUCCUGAUAUCUGUCAGAACGGCGUUUGUGAGAACAUGUUAAGGACGUACAAAUGUAACUGUAAUCAGGGCUUUGAAGUGGACAUCACAGGAAAGACCUGCAUCGAUGUUGAUGAGUGCAUGAUGAACAGACAUCUGUGUGAGAACGGUUUGUGUAGAAACACGCCGGGCAGUUUCACCUGUCAGUGUCCAAGUGGUUUCAGCUUCCACACCGAGACUGAAGUAUGUGAAGACAUUGACGAGUGUUUGACCAAUCCGUGUGUGAAUGGCGAUUGCAAGAACAGCCCGGGGUCGUUUGUGUGUCUGUGCUCAACAGGAAGCACAUUGGACAGCUCAGGAACACUGUGUGUGGAGACCACUAAGGGCACAUGUUGGCUGAAGGUGGUGAAUGGACAGUGUGAGAUCAAUAUUAACGGAGCCACACUGAAGUCUCACUGCUGUGCUACAGUGGGGUCAGCGUGGGGGUCACCCUGUGCCAAAUGUGAACCAGAUCCGUUCUGCUCUACAGGCUAUGCCAGAGUGAGAGGAACCGUCUGUGAGGAUGUAAAUGAGUGUGAAGUGUUUCCUGGCGUCUGCAUUAAUGGAAAGUGCGUGAACACGGACGGAUCGUUUGUGUGUCAGUGUCCCAGUGGAAUGACCGUGGACGCAUCUGGAAGGACUUGUAUAGAUCUGCGCACCGAGCUGUGUUAUCUCACACACAUUGACGAACGCUGCGGCGCUCCCAUAUCCGGACGACAUCGCGUAGACGCGUGCUGCUGUUCGGUGGGCGUGGCCUGGGGUGCAGAGUGUGACGAGUGUCCGGAGAAAGGGACGGCAGAGUACAAUCAGCUCUGCCCGCGGGGUCCUGGAUUCUCCCACCGUGGAGAGAUCAUCAAUGGGAAACCCUUCCUCAAAGAUAUAAAUGAAUGUAAAAUGAUUCACAGCUUGUGCACCAACGGCAGGUGCAGGAACACCAUUGGUAGCUUCCGCUGCAGGUGUGACAGUGGAUUCGCUCUGGAUUUUGAUGAGAGGAACUGUACCGAUAUCGAUGAAUGUCGCAUCUCUCCUGACCUGUGUGGUCACGGCACGUGCGUCAACACGCCGGGUGAUUUUCAGUGCGAGUGUUUCACUGGAUAUGAAAGUGGGUUCAUGAUGAUGAAGAACUGCAUGGACAUUGAUGAGUGUGAACGUAACCCAUUGUUGUGUAGAGGUGGAGAAUGCAUUAACACAGAGGGCAGCUUUCGUUGCGAGUGUCCUGAGGGUCAUGAGAUCGCUCCAGACGGAUCUGCCUGUUUAGAUAUUAAUGAGUGUGAAUUGAGCGACAGGCUGUGUAAGAACGGUCAGUGUGUUAACAUGAUCGGACGCUAUCAAUGCUCGUGCAACACCGGAUAUAAAUCCACUGAGGACAGACUCUCGUGCAUGGAUAUUGAUGAAUGCACCAUUGAGAACGGAGGCUGUGAGACGUUCUGUACAAACUCCGAAGGAAGCUACGAGUGCAGCUGUCGACGCGGUUACGCUCUCAUGCCUGACCUUAGGAGCUGCACAGAUAUUGAUGAAUGCGAAGACAGUCCUGAUGUCUGUGAUGGCGGUCAGUGCACAAAUAUUCCUGGAGAAUUCCAGUGUCUGUGUUAUGAUGGGUUCAUGUCAUCCGAGGAUAUGAAGUCGUGUCUGGAUGUGAACGAGUGUGAGCUCAAUCCAAACAUCUGUCUGAUUGGGAAGUGUGAGAACACAAAGGGCUCGUUUAUCUGUCACUGUGACCUCGGCUUCUCUGUCAGGAAGGGGACGACAGGUUGUACAGACAUCAACGAGUGUGAGAUGAGAGCUCAUAACUGUGAUCUACAUGCGACCUGUACAAACACGGCGGGCAGCUUUAAAUGCAGCUGCGGUCCGGGCUGGAUUGGAGACGGCCUGAAAUGCAGAGAUCGAGAUGAAUGCUCCAACGGGACGCACAUGUGCAGCUCUAGCGCAGAGUGCAUGAACACUUUGGGUUCGUACCGCUGUCUGUGUAAAGAGGGAUUUACUGGAGAUGGCUUCUACUGCACGGACACUGAUGAGUGUGCUGAGAAUGUGAAUCUCUGUGAGAGUGGACACUGUCUGAACAUCGCUGGUGGAUAUCGCUGUGAGUGUGACAUGGGCUUUAUCCCAACCCUAGACGGCAAAGCUUGUGAAGACAUCGAUGAGUGUUCGUUCGCCGAUAUCUGUGUGAACGGCCGCUGUCGUAAUAUUCCAGGCCUCUUCAGGUGUCUCUGUAAUCCAGGUUAUGAGCUGGACAGAAGUGGAGGAAACUGCACAGAUGUAAACGAGUGUGCUGACCCCACCACCUGCAUCAGUGGUCUGUGUGUCAACACACCCGGCAGCUACAUCUGCAACUGUCCAGAAGACUUUGAGCUCAACCCUACGGGAGUCGGCUGUGUGGACACCCGCUCUGGAAAUUGUUUUCUGGAGGUCCGUUACCGUGGUGACUACUCUGAUAGUCUGGACUGUUCCAAUGAGAUUGGUGUAGGGGUCUCCAAAGCCUCCUGUUGUUGUUCUCAGGGUCAGGCCUGGGGUUCACCGUGUGAGGAGUGCCCAGCUCUCAACUCCUCGGAUUACAGGAAUCUGUGUCCUGGAGGAGAAGGGUUCCGACCCAAUCCCAUCACUGUGAUACUAGAAGAUAUCAAUGAGUGUCAGGAACUGCCUGGUUUGUGUCAGGGUGGAAACUGCAUCAACACUUUUGGCAGCUUUCACUGUGAAUGUCCGAAAGGUUUUUCACUUAAUAAAGACACCAGAAUCUGUGAAGAUUUGGACGAGUGUGAGAGUCCUGGUAUCUGUGGUCCUGGUCAAUGUUAUAACACCAUUGGAAACUAUACCUGUAUUUGCCCACCUGAGUACAUGCAGAUCAAUGGAGGGAACAACUGCAUGGACAUGCGCAAGAGCUUGUGUUACAGAAACUAUUACACUGAUAAUGGCACGUGUGAUGGAGAACUGACCACAAACAUGACCAAGAAGGCCUGUUGCUGUGCAUACAACAUUGGUCUAGCGUGGAAUAAACCUUGCGAGCGUUGUCCAGUACCCGGCACCGAUGAGUUUGCUGUGCUGUGUGGAAGUAAAAGGCCUGGAUUCUUCAUUGACAUCUAUACUGGUCAAAUCGUUGACAUCGAUGAGUGUCGGGACAUUACAGGUGUGUGUGAAAACGGUGUGUGUAUCAACAUGCGUGGCGCUUUCCGCUGUGAAUGUCCAAUGGGCUUCGUGUAUAACGACAAACUGAUCAUCUGUGAGGAUAUCGAUGAAUGUCAGAAUGGGCCGGUGUGUCAGCAGAACGCUCACUGUCUAAACGUUCCUGGAAGUUACCGGUGUGAGUGUAAACCAGGAUACCGUCAAACGUCAACCCAACAGUGUGUAGACCGCAAUGAGUGCGUUGAGAAUCCAAACAUCUGCAGUCCCGGUCAAUGUAUUGACAUGGUGGGCAGUUACCGCUGCAUCUGCCCCAAUGGCUUCAAAUCCACCCCAGACUUGUGUAUUGAUGUUGACGAGUGCGAGCGCCAGCCGUGUGGUAAUGGAACGUGCAAGAACACUGUUGGCUCCUACAACUGCUUGUGUUACCCUGGAUUCCAGCUGUCACACAACAAUGACUGCAUUGAUUUAGACGAGUGCGGGUCAAUCAGGGGCUUGUGUAGGAACGGAAACUGCAUCAACACAGUGGGUUCAUUUGUGUGUGUGUGUCUGGACGGAUAUAAACUUUCUCCCGAUGGCAGAACGUGUGUAGAUAUCAAUGAGUGUUUAAUCAAUCCUGGCACCUGUGGACCCGGAACGUGUCAGAAUCUAGACGGAUCUUACAGGUGCAUCUGUCCUCCUGGGUAUUACCUCCAAAAUGAGAGAUGUGAGGAUAUUGAUGAAUGCUCUCAGACUCCAGAGAUCUGCAUCUUUGGCAAGUGUCUGAACACACCAGGCAGUUUUAGGUGUGAGUGUCCGGAGGGAUUCCAGUUGUCAUCAUCCGGAAAGAGAUGUGUGGAUAUUCGUGUUAAUUAUUGUUAUACUAAGUUUGAGAAUGGACGCUGUUUAGCUCCGAAGCCUUUCAACACAACUAAAGGAUUGUGUUGUUGUAGUGCAAUGCCAGGUCAGGGGUGGGGUGAUCCCUGUGAAAUCUGCCCAGGAAAAGAUGAGGAGGCGUACUCAGGGCUGUGUUUCGCUCCUGGUAAGAGCAUUACUACAGAUGAUUUAGCGCUAGAUGUGGACGAGUGCUCUGAGAAUCCUGGCAUCUGUAGGAAUGGACACUGCAUCAACACAGACGGGACGUUUCGCUGCGAGUGUCCUUUUGGCUAUCGGCUGGAUAUCUCUGGGAUCAACUGUGAAGACACAAACGAGUGUGAUGUGGGUAACCCGUGUGGAAACGGCACCUGCACAAACGUGGAGGGAGCGUUCGAAUGCAGCUGUGACGAGGGAUUCGAACCCGGACCCAUGAUGACCUGUGAAGAUUUGAACGAGUGUUCCCAGAAUCCCUUGCUCUGUGCCUUUCGCUGCAUCAACACGGUGGGUUCGUAUGAAUGUAAGUGUCCGGCUGGAUACGUGCUGAGGGAAGAUGGCAGGAUGUGCAAAGAUCAGGACGAGUGUGUAGUGGGCCUGGAUGAUUGUGCGUCCAAAGGAAUGGCCUGUAAGAAUCUGAUUGGUACUUUCAUGUGCAUCUGCCCGCCGGGAUACACGAGACAACCCAAUGGAGACAUCUGUGUGGAUCUGAACGAAUGUACAGCAAAAGCAGGCAUCUGUGAGAAUGGGCGCUGUGUGAAUACUGAAGGCAGUUACCACUGCGUCUGUGACCAAGGAUUCAGUCCAAACCCCAGCAAAACCGAGUGUAUCGAUAAUCGUCAGGGCUUCUGCUUUCUGGAGGUUCUUCAGACCAUGUGUCAGAUGAGCUCCAGCAAUCGAGUCAGUGUCAGAAAGUCUGAGUGCUGUUGUGAUGGAGGACGCGGCUGGGGACCAAACUGUGAGCUCUGCCCGUUGCCCGGAACCACUCAAUAUAAGAAGAUGUGCCCGCUCGGACGUGGAUACACCACGGACGGACAAGAUAUUGACGAGUGUAAGGUCAUGGGGAAUCUGUGUAAGAACGGACAGUGUUUAAAUACAUUAGGAUCCUUCAGCUGCACGUGCAAACCAGGAUACACGACUGACAUCACAAGCACUCGGUGUAUAGAUGUGGACGAGUGCAUUCAGGCUCCCAAACCCUGUAAUUUCAUCUGUAAGAACACUGAGGGAGGAUAUUUGUGCUCCUGCCCACGGGGUUAUGUGUUACAGGAGGACAACAAGAGCUGCAAGGAUCUGGAUGAAUGUUCUACUAAACAACACAAUUGUCAGUUUCUGUGUGUCAACACCAUCGGUGGUUUCACCUGCAAAUGUCCUCCAGGAUUCACACAACACCACAGCGCCUGUAUCGAUAAUAAUGAGUGUGCCACUGAACCGGGUCUGUGUGGUGCAAACGGAGUCUGUCAGAACAGCCCGGGCAGCUUCAACUGUGAGUGUCAAAGAGGAUUCAGUCUCGACUCCAAUGGACAAAACUGUGAAGAUAUGGAUGAAUGUGUGGGGAAUCAUCGUUGUCAACAUGGCUGUCAGAAUCUGGUGGGUGGAUACAGAUGUAGUUGUCCACAGGGAUAUCUCCAGCAUUACCAGUGGAACCAGUGUGUAGAUGAGAACGAGUGUCAGAACUCUCAGGUGUGUGGCGGAGCGUCGUGUCACAACACACUGGGCAGUUUCCGCUGUCUGUGUCCGACGGGUUUCAACUACGAGCAGAUGAUGGGCGGCUGUCAGGACGUAAACGAGUGCAGCUCAUCUCAGAACCCCUGCUCGUACGGCUGCUCCAACACGGACGGCGGAUAUCUCUGCGGCUGCCCGGCUGGAUACCUGAGGGCAGGACAGGGUCACUGUGUCUCUGGUGUGGGUCUGGGCAGCUCUCCUCUUACUCCAGAUACAGAUGGAGAUGAUAACGCUCUCUCUCCUGAAACAUGUUACGAGUGUAAGAUCAACGGAUAUCCAAAGAGAGGCCGGAAACGCAGAGGUCUCAAUGAAACUGAAGAACACCAGCAGCACAUUCAGAAUGAUCUGGAGUCUGUAAGUCUGGACAGCGUAGAUGUUGAUGAUACUUUACAGUUCAGCUUAAACAUCAGCACGCUAAAGAGUCAAGAUCACAUCAUCGACUUUCUCCCCGCGCUCUCCACCGUCGCCGAUCACGUCCGCUACACCAUCGACUACGGCAACGACGACGGCCUUUUCAAAAUUACCCAGAAAGAAGGAGUCAGUUACUUGCACACGUCCAAGAAGAAACCUCUUCAGCCCGGAGUCUAUUAUUUACAAAUCCGCAGCGUUCCUCUGUAUGGUAGAAAAGAACUGACCCAGCUGGAGGACCGGCAGGAGAAAGACUACCUCAGUGGGCAGCUGGGAGACGCUUUACUCAUGAAAGUACAGAUUCUCCUGCACUGACUUCACAUCCUGACGCUGUUCACACACACACACACACACUUCAACUGUCACAGCUACGCCCCAAAACAUCACACACACACACACGCUUAGUCCAAAAUACACUCAUAAACCUUCAAGCUCAGAAAAUAUUAAAGAGUCUGAAUGGAAGGGAGCUGACCAUCUGUCAAUAAGCUAAGAGAUUCUCAAUGAUGAGGAAGUUAUUACAGUGAGGACGUUAAAGGUGCCAUAGAAUAGAAAACUGUAUUUAUCUCAGCAUAGAUGAAUAAUAAGAGUUCAGUACAUGGUAAUGACAUAUUGUGAUCCUCAAACACGAUUGUUUCCUCGUGCAUGCAAAAGAUCGCUGGAAAACAGACCAAUCACAACACCAACUGUGACGUUACAGUCCAGAUGUACACCACAACAUUAAAUUAAUUACAAUGUUGUUACAAUGAUAAAAACAAAGUUAUGACUGCUGAGUUAGCGCUAUAUGCUAGUUAAUGCUGCAGGAGCUGCUCUGAGAAUCAGCCAAUCAGAGCAGAGCUCAACAUUAUUAUUCAUGACCCUUUUAAAUAAGGUAGUAAUAGACCAUUUCAUUCUAAAGGGUUGUAAAUGGACAUGUAAAACUGACUCUGGAACAUUUUUGCACUUAAUAAAGCCACAAACUCUCUAUGGAGAUAACAAAGUACAAUUUAACAGAUUAUUACAAUUGCAUUCUUUGGCACCUUUAAGGUUUUUGAAGGGUUUGCACAUCUGUCCACAGAUCUGGAUGUUUAAAAAUGAAUUUAUUUGCUUUAAGCACAAGAUGAAGUUUCUAGCCACCAAAUACUUCAGAGUUAAGGAAGAACAAGAUUAAUAUAUAUAUAUUUAACCUAUAUUACAGGCCUGCACAUCACAAUUGUAACGUUCCUGAUAUUUCCCGUUCCUCCGGUCCAGAGAGAUGAGGCUUCUGAACGUUCGACUCUUCCCAGCUCACUCGGUCAGUUUGUAUUUAACUGGUGCUAGUUAUGAAAUAAAUGCACUGUAAUAAUCAACCGGCGCAGGAACUACAAUACUGCUCACGCUACUCUUCCUCUUCUCUCCUGCAGUUACUCCACAUGUAAUUUAAGUGUGUCUAUACUGUAACCGUCUCACUUUUAUUCUCCGAAAGCAUUUGUAAACUAUAGGAGCCCUGGAACGAGGGGUUUGUAAUGGUGCUUAUUAUAAUGACCAACUACUUUAAACUGUGUUUGUACACAUUCUGUGACUCCAAACUAUGCACUGAGAUCUUAAGGCCACGAACACAGACGUGUACACACAUACACACACACGGUCAUGAUGUGGCCUCUGGCAUUAAAAACAUCUCUGCCAUGUUUUACUACAACAUUCUGUUCUGUGCUCAGACUUAUAAGGGUUUAGUUGUAAAUUCACAAUAAAUACGUAUGUUUUGGUUUA